AUGCUUUCCCUGAGAGAAUUCCGAUAUUCGGAAAACAACGGCGAAUUUAUAGCGGCCCUUCUUAUUUGGGCGAUUGUCAUCACAUCGCCCCUAAUAUUGUUAUAUGUCAUCUACGCAUAUCUGAUGCUGAAGUUUCGAGCCGAAAUCGCGACUUUUGUGAGUUCUUCGCAAAGAAAAAUGAUCGCAGACUGCAGAAACACCAACAGAUCCUCUGGAACCAAUUCUUCAUGGUCUCUAUCAUCUUCUUUUUCGAGCUAUUCCCAUUUUUCAUGGGCUUCUUCUACUUGGCUUCGUUCUUGUAUUCAUCCGCACAUUUUUCGAUUUAAGAAAAAAAAGUUUCAGAAAUUUCAUCAUCGUAAUAAGUGUCCUCGGGGCUAUCAACGUCCCAUUCUUCUUCUAUGCGUCUACAAUGUUUUGUCUUUUCGAUAUGAUUCUGGCUAUACAGAGGCUUGUAAUGAUUUUCGGAGAUCCAAAGCAUUUUUUCCUCGUCACUGGGUUGGGUUAUUGAAAAAACUUUUGCUAGUAAAUCAUAAUUUCAGAACGUACUUGAAGUAUUAUGUUUCUGUCGUUUGGCUGACUCUUCCUCUGUUUUACGUAUUCAAACUUGGUUAGUUUUCUAGCGAACUAUUUUCUGAAGCAUUAUUUCAAAAAGUUUUGCUUUUUUUUUGAUUCAUUCGCGACUCUUCAAAAAUUGAAAAUUUCCUUCUUUAUGUUAAGGAUUUUUUUUCAGGAAUUUGCCCCGAUUAUUUCUGCGAUCUCACAUUUUCUUGUGGUGGAAAUCGGAGGGCCUACCUUUUCUACCACGUAGGUCUUUGUGCUGAAUCGUUCUUCUCAGGGAUUACAGAUUUACGAAGUCAGUCUCUAUGUGAUAACUUUAUUCACACUUAUUUCUUAUAUCACCAUUUAUCGGCACAUUUCAAGUUUGACUCAAAUGUCGUCAGAGAAGAGGAAAUUCGAAAAGUUCAUUCUCCUCCAGGCCAUGCCGAUGACUAUAAUCAGGACGGUUCGAACUGAUCACGUUUCAAUAAAUUUGAAGAUUGCCUUAAAGAUCAGGGAAAUCGCCAUCCUUGUGAUCGCCAUUGGCCGAGUCUUGAAAAUGGAAAUGUUCUGCCUCCCUAUCGCCGGAGAACAGUACAGAGUCUUGUGCUACGCUUAUUACUUACACAUUCCCACAUUGGCUUUUGUUGUACCUCUGUCGUUCAUUCUCAAUAGAAACAAUUAUUCGCGCGUCAUCAGGAUGAUAAAAAAUCAAAUUUGA